GUAAUAUCUCAUUUUUGAAUUUUUCCGCGAUUGCAAUACUGCCUUCACCAGUGGCGUUGAAAGUGAAAGUAGUUACACUACAUUACAGGAUUGCAGACGACUGAGUGGCUUGACCAAUAAGGGGUCCUACCAGCUACCAAGAAUCGAUGACAUUUUGAAGCCUAUUGGAUGUUGGAAAGAGGACUUUGGCAGGUUGAAAUGGACGAAAAAAAUAAACAGAAAACUGCCUUUACAUCAUAUGCUGGACUUUGGCGUUUAAUGGUUACACCUUUAGGUUUAUGCAAUAAUCCAAAAAACCACAGAACACAAUCUCAGUAUGAUCGACAUCGUGUCACCAAAUUGGUCCUAUUUGAGUUCGUGAAUAAUUUCCUUUCCCUCUUCUACAUCGGUUUCAUCCUGCGCGAUAUGGAAAUGCUCAGAAGCCAGUUGCGAAACAUGCUGAUCAUGUCCCAGGCAAUCUGCAGCUUUCAAGAGAUCAUACAACCAGUAGCCAUGAAUUACUACUCAAGAAAGAUACAGAGGUCAAAACUCAAACUAUCGCCCAGCAUAUCACAACCAAAACUGUUCAAAAAUGAUAAGUUUGUCGAAGAAGUGAAAUGGAAAUAUACGAGGACCCCUACGAUGACUACCUAGAGCUUUUCAUUCAAUUUGGCUAUGUCUUCCUGUUUUCUUCAGUGUAUCCAAUAGCGGCAUUCUGGGCACUGCUCAAUAAUGUCCUUGAGAUCAGAGCUGAUGCGUUCAAACUAUGCAAAGUACUCCAGAGGCCGAUGUGUAGAAGAGUUAAAGACAUCGGGGCGUGGCAGAGAGCAUUCGAAGUCCUUGGAGCAAUCUCAAUCUUCACGAACUGCGGCAUACUGUACCUUAGUCCAGGUUUGAGGGAAAAGACCUCUAAUUUCAGCGAAGUGGAACUGUUACUAACCUUCGUUUUCCUAGAACAUAUCCUUCUAGGUAUUCGGUAUCUGCUGCAUAUAGCAAUAUCGGAUAAACCAGAAUGGGUUCGGGUUGCUUUAGCGAGGAAGAACUACGAGUCUAAACAAGCAUUAAAAUAUGAG